UUCUGAGGUCAGUGGAGUUGCUGAGCAAGAUCCUGGGAUGUGUGUGUGUCUUCCUGGUGUUUCCCCACACGAGAUCAGCAAAGCUCUGUGUGUAAUGGUAAUGAGUUGCCACCUCAGCUCUCUGGGACUAUUUGUUUCCAGGUUUCUAGGAGACUAACGUCAGGGUUGGUACAGGGUAACUGUUCCAGACGAGCUCUCAGAUUUUGUGUUGCAAGUUCUGGUGACAGUCGAUCCCCAAAGAACAGGAUUCCUACUGCUGAUACACCGAGGAAUCCAAGACCACCUGUUACUCUGAACUAGUUCACAGUGACUAAUAAUUGAAUGUGUGAGAAUAUAUAAAUCGUUAUGAUUGUCUGUCGGAGUGGAUUAUUCCUGUGCCUUUUCUGGACAAUCCUUGCAAACUGCGAGAGUCUAUCACGCAAGCCCAUAUGCUCUUUUUCCAACCUUAAUGGGUUCGUAAUUGACAUCAAAACCAGCCUGGCGAAAGGAUUGAAGAGUUCUGAGCCUGUGCACACAAAGAACAUUAAGGAAUGCCACUCUAAGUGCUGCUCUGGCCUGAAAACAAUAGGAGGAAAACCUUGCAACUUCAUGACGUUCAAAACCACAAAUACAUCUUCAGAUCCUAAUUGCUACCUUUUCUACUGUCCCAGCAAAGAUGCUUGCCAACUGAAGGAUUUAAAAGGAUAUAUAAGCCACGCCAUUCAAAGAGAUCUGAGUCACAAGCCGAGUGAACAACCUAUAAGUAAAAAUAAGGCUGCAGCCAAACAGCAGCUCAUUCAAACCACCAAAUCAACAGCAAAUGCCAUUGUUGCAAGUACUCGCCGAAGGACAAUGACCAAGACUACCCUCCCAACUACCCUUUCAACAACCACCACCCUCUCAACCACACUUUCAAGUAUUCUUAUGGUGAAACCCACCCUUCCAUCAACAAUCCCAACCAUUAACUCUACCACCACUCAACCAAUUAAAACCAAAGGUCCUACUACCAGCCAACCGAACACACCAACCACCACCCAACCAACUACAGCCACAACCACUAUUCAAUCAACUACAACAACAACAACCACAAUCUCAACCACAAUCACCAUUCAACCAACUACAGCUACAACAACAACCCCAACCACAAUUCAACCCAACCCAACCACAAACACAACCACUAUUCAACCAACCAUAAUUACAACAACCACAACCACCAUUCAGCCAACUACAACAAUGACAACUGCAAACCCAACCACUAUUAAACCAACCACAACCCCAACCACCAUUAAACCAACCACAACCCCAACCACCAUUAAACCAACCACAACCCCAACCACCAUUAAACCAACCACAACCCCAACCACCAUUAAACCAACCACAACCCCAACCACCAUUAAACCAACCACAACUACACCCAUGACCACCAUUCAACCAACUACAACCUCAACCACAAUUCCAUCCACAACAUCCACCAGUAUACAACCAACUACAACUACAACUACGACCCUCCCAACUAAAAAAAUGGCCACAAGGACCACUCAACGGUCCAUUGUUGAAUUAUCAAGAAUCCCAGAUGCACAUUCAUCACUCAAAGGGAUUUCAGCUGUGGUAUCCACAACUGGAAAUAUUAGUAAAAAAGCCAAUGGGGAAAAUUCCCAAGACCUAGAUUUGGGAAAUCAGGACAACUCAGGAGGAAAACAGGAAGAUCCGCAAAUGGGGGUUAAGAGUGGACUAAUAGCUGCUUUAGUAUUUGGCAUUGUAUUUCUUAUAGUAGUGGUCUUUAUGCUAAGUAAACUAAUAGUAGAAUCCUACAACAGAAGACAUUACACAAAACUUGAUUAUCUAAUGAAUAGAUUGUCCAUGGAUGCUUAAUCUUUACACAAGAACAGAGCUGGCUCUUCUCUAUUCUUCCACCAACAGUUGUGCACUACAAAGAGCCAAAGACAACAAGCAUCCACAUCUGUGGCUUUUUUGGGGGAAACAGGAUUAAUACAUUAUAUGCUUUAAUAUUAUGAGGGCUGACUUAAAUCUCUGCGAGUCAGUGUGAGGCUAUGUGAUUAUGUGAGGUUGUGUGAGGCUACUUGAGGCUGUGAGGCUGUAUGACCCUGUAGGUUCAGUGUAAAUCGCUGUAUAUUUCACAUUGGAUGCACCACUUUUGACAUGGAAAAAUAAAGGAAGAAGAAACGGCUGGCGUGAUGAAAGCAAUUUGUACUCUCAAUGAAACUGAGAGCAAAAAUACAACUCAAACUCGUGCUGAAUCUUACAUUUUAUUACAGUGUUGUUUGGUGCAGAUAGAGCUGUAAUGAAUUCACUUUGCUUUCCUGGAAUUGAUCUGUAUAUUAUAUGUAAUAGAAGUUUGGUGAAUUCCACUUCUAAUUUAAAAGAGAUGAGGUAGAACGUCUGAUCCAGUAACGUUGCUUAUUUUUAUUGCUAUAAAAAAGUGCACGGAUUACAUUAUAUAAAAAAAUGCACUUUAGCAAAUUCUACUGAGCAGGAAAAUGGUCAUUCCCACUUGUACAUAAGUUGAACAUUCAGGAAAAGCAGUUCAAUUUCAGAAUUGGAUUCAACUUUUAAAUAGAGCACUUAAUGUUGGCAGAUCUUUGUUAAAAGAAUUCCAUUAGAAAUUGCAAUAUUUGUAAUCACUUAUUUGUCAUAUAGUUAUAGACAAAUAUUGCAAUUUCUAUUGGAAUUCUUUAAGAUUUUAUUCAAAUUUAGACAGAAUUUGUUAAAACCCUGAUGUACUGUGUGUAAGGAUUUUCCAAAAUAAUUGUACAAAAAUUCAAGGCAACGAACAAGAUGGUAUAAAACUUCAAAAAAUAUACAAUC